AUGUCUCUAUUGGAUUUACCAACAGAAUUACAAACCGAAAUAUUUUCCUUUCUCUCAUUAAAACAUAUUCGAAACAUUUUAUUGAUCAACAAAUCAACUUACAAUCGUAUCACAACAGAUCCAUUCUAUUGGAAACAAAUUCUUCAAUUAUAUAGGAAACAUAUCGAUCCAUCCCAUUGUCAUGUAAAAAUUGAACAAUUAGACUUUGGAGAAAAUUUCUAUCAAGAUUCGAUUCGUCCACUAAUUGGGAAUUUAAUUGAUGAAAAAAUUAAUUAUUUAGACAAUCUCUUCUGUCGUGAAAUGAAAUAUUAUGCACAAGUUGAAAAACAAUCGAGUAUUAUAAGAGAAUUGACUGAUUCAAUUGAGUGGACUGUUGAAUGUUUACAAAAGAGUACAAAUACAGAUAUUAGAGUUUCGUAUCAGCAUAAAUUGACUCACUUGUUUGGAGAGAAGGAAUUGCAUGAAGAUUCAUUGAGGAGUUUUGAUAUGAAAUUGGAGGAAACGAAAAGAAUAAUUGAGUUGCUUAGGGAGGAUUGA